GUACCAGGAAUCGAAAGUGAAAAAUGUCUACCACGAUGCGGCCAAAUAGCGUACGAAAAGCGCCUAAGAGCUGAUGCACUCGCACAUUAUCUAUGACUCAGGUCCGCACGGCCCCCCCCUCCCCCGCCCUGUGGUCUGGUCUGUGGUCGCGCGCCCGCGCGCUUUUCCGCGCGGAUUUUUCGCGGAUUCUAGUGGUGGAAGGCCUCAAAACUUGGCGCCUUCCUCCCCUUGGGCCUCUCAGCGUGUUCCUUAGGGCCACGGUCGCAGGCAAGCCGAUGACCAAGGGCCCGGAGGGUUCAAGCGGCACGGCUCAGGGGGUCCAGCCCUUCGCCUUUUGCCGUCUUCGGAGGCCUUCCGCUGCCGGUGCACUGCUGCCAUCUAACCCCUCAAGUCUGUAGGGUACAUGCAAACGAGAAGGAGGCAGCGAGCCCCUUGGCCCCCCUUGAGGCCUUCCACCUACGUCGGAGGCCUCUGCGGGACAGCCAAGCAGCUGGGAGGAAGCGGAGGCGGCCCCCCUUGAGGCCCUCUUGAGGCCUACCACCUACGUCCGAGGCCUCUAGGGGACCCCAAGCACCUGGAAGAGGACAGGGGGGGGGCCUUUCGAGGCCUUCCCCCCCCGGCAGAGGCCUCAAAAAGGGGGCCAGGGCGCCCGGCCCCCCUCCCCCGCUGGGGGGGGGGCGUCGCCCCGCGCCCUGGAACAUCUAUUUUUCGACAUAUGAUGUUCUUCAUCUCGCGACGGCGAAAGAAGCUAUAACUUCAAGUUACAUGAGAGCAAAAACCGAGCACGAGUCCAUCCUAUCUUCACCAUCUGCAAAUAAAGUUUUUUGAUUCUAUCCGAUCGGUCCAAUCGAUUUGGAUCCGAGACUCACCACAUGUGCCAAAAGUAGAGGCAAGUCUGAUUUCGCACACAAAACCUCGAAACAAGCCCAGUAACGUCCAUUCUUUUUCGGCUCUUCUAUACCCGUAAACGCUUUUCUCCUCGGUGAUGA